CCUGCAGGAGCCUGUCCUCCCUCACCCAGGCAGACUCACCUCCUCCAGGUGGACAAGGACAGAGGAGACUGGGAGAAGCUGGCCAUGAGCCCCCGGCCCUCCACCCUCCUGGGCCUCGUGCUCUGCCUGGGCCAGACGAUCCACAUGCAGGAGGGUGUGUCUCAAGAUGGUUCGCAGGCGGCAGAGGCCAGAUUCCACAUCCCCGCAGUGAGUGAAUAUGUGGCUGGGAGUUACCGCUGCCGCUAUCACGAUGUGUUUGACAGGUGGUCUGAGCUCAGUGAGGCCCUGCACCUGCAGGUGACAGAGGAGGACUCCACUCUGCCCUCAGGGGCCCUGCCCAAACCCUCCCUCAGGUCCGAGCCAGGCCCUGUGGUCCCCCGGGGACGGCCUGUGACCUUCGUGUGCCGGGGCCCAGCUGGGGCUGAGUUCUACCACCUGGAGAAGGAAGGAAGGCGCGUCUUCCUUUAUCACAAAGGUGUGUCUCAAGAUGGUCUGCCUGUGACAGAGGCCAGAUUCCACAUUCCCGUGGUGAGUGAUAUGACUGCAGGGAGUUACCGCUGCCUCUAUGAACAGGUGGAUGAGAGGCCAUCUCAGCCCAGUGAGCCCCUGGAGCUGAAGGUGACAAAGGAGGACUUCUCCACUCUGCACUCAGGCCACACCUCCCAGGACUACAUGGUGGAGAACAGCAUCUGCUUGGGCCUGAUGGGCGUGGCCUUGCUGAUCCUGCUGGCGAUUCUGGUGUAAGCUGGGCUCAGCCAGCGCAGGGCCCCACAGGGACCACGGGAAUAUACACAAGGGAGCCCCCCAGAGAGAGGGGGCCCCAGGGCCCCAGCAGGGAGCUCCCAGAGCCCUGCCCGCUGUUGUUCAAGGACAAGAGACCCCUGGCCCACGUGGGUUAGCAGGGUCCACCUCAACCCCUCAUCUUCCCAGGACCAGUGAGAGGAGUCAUCUCGAUUGCCAGGCAGGCAGAGAGGGCAGUGCCCCAUGGGAAACCAAGGCAGGUGGAACGGAAGCAGGGCAGGCAUGGCCACGUGAGCCAGCCUAAGCAUGGACGCCAACCGCGCAGAAAUAACAGGAUGAUUUUAGACUCGGAGGGGAGACACAUGAAACUAGGAAGGGGCUGCAACACGAAGAUGAGCUGAGGCAUAGGAACCAGGAAGGGUCAGGUCUGCUUCUGGGCAAGAACAAUUGAGAGAAUCCAUCAGGCGGCCACAGCGGGAGACAGAGAGCAGGUUUCUAGCAAAUAUGUACCCCUAGACCACUGGCUACAGUGGCCACCAUGACUGAGCCUCUUCCCAUGUGGGUGUCUGAAUCUGCUUGCAAUAAAGUUUCCAUGCUUUUGCUUC